AUGAGUGAAGCCCCCCCAGAAUAUCCUGAAUGCCGCCUGACGGAGAUGGGUAAAGAAUAUAUCCCGUGGGCUCCGUACCACAGGGUAGAGAGGGAGCUUCUGCGUUCUAUACGGGAUACCGAACAAGGCUUGGAAGGAUGGAAUCUUAAACUAGACUGGAACUAUUGCCGGAAUCCAGGGUUCAGAAAGCGGCCCUGGUGCUUCGUCUCAUACGAGGAUCUCAGCUGGGAGUAUUGCAACAUACCCCUCUGCAAAAGUCCUAAUGAUUACACCUGA